AUUCAAUUAAACCACCCCCUCCUCCUUAUAUAUACCACAAUGGAAGUAGUGAAAAGACACGGGAUGGCCAUGGGCUCCUCCUCCGCCUCAACCACCAUGACUAUGGCUGGAAUGGCUGCUAGUACCACCAUGGCCGCCAUGGCCAGUGGGACCAGUACCGGAAUGAGUGCCAUGGAUCAUGGCCUGGGUGGUAUGGACCAUGGUAUGGAUAUGGUGGGAAUGAACAUGUACUUUACCACCAAAUAUAACAACUACCCUGUCAUGUUCAAGCUGCUUCUGGCCGACUCCAAGGCCAAGGCAUUUGGGAUUUUUGUGCUUUUAUUCGCAUUGGGAUUUUUCCUUCGUGGUUGUGAAUUUUAUCGUAACUAUUUAGAACAAAGAGUAUGGAAGAACCCAGCCUAUGUUGGUUCGUGUCCGCCGGUUUCACGUGCACUUAGCAACAAGGCUGCCUUACAGGAGAAGGCAGCUUCUGCCAACUCUGGCGGCUGUUGUACCACUACUGCGAAUGAGUCGUCCCUGAUCAACAAGCUUUCGCAUGAUAUUGACGACACAAUUUCUGCUGGUACUGGCUCAGAAACAGAAACUCAACAACAACAACAACAACAAUUACCACCACGUCAACUUCUGUUGGCAUCCUCACUUUUCCGUGACGCCAUCAGACUCAUUCUCUGCAUAAUCCCGGACCUCUUUGGCUAUGCCUUGAUGUUGGCAGCCAUGUCGUUUUGCUUGGUUUACUUUUUCGGAGUGGUUUUGGGUUUGGGUGUUGGUCGGUUUGUUUUUGAGAAGCUUUCUGAUCGCACCAAAUUAAGAGCGGUCACCAGUGGGAUGAACAGCCACUGUUGAAACUAAUAAUGAUGUAAUGUGCAUACCAAUAAAUAUUCUUUUAAUAA